AUGGACUCCGGACUAGAAUGCACCGAUUUGUCUCAUGCACAUCAAGAACCCAGUAGGCUCUCUUCGCCCAUCUCCAGGCUACCAUUUGAAGUCCGAAGUCCGUUUACAGCCUCACCGUGGCCUCUUGCUCUACCUACACUCGAUCCUUCAGUCUGUCUACAGACCUGCGAGCUUGACAAGCCAAGCUAUGCAAAAAUGGAACAUUCCGUCGAACUGUCCGUCGGACUUGAGGCUACUCGUCAAGCGGCUAUCGGCUGGAAGUUGCCAGACCUACAGCCUUAUCACUAUCAUGUUCAGCUAAGUGAUCCCAUCUUUGGCCCGGCUGCCGUAACUAUAGCAACUACCCGUACCUCUGAGACUCAUUCGGCUCAGGCGAAAGUGGCCAAUUUUCGUGAGAAGUGGGCACACACGUCGUUAGGUGGCCUUGAGAAGAGCCAUUUCGUAUGA